AUGUAAUCUCAAGAUGAAUACAUCAGUUUACCAAAAGUCAAACCUAACAAAUUUGAUAAUUAAGAGAUAGAUUUAGUUUGGAAAAAUCUAUCAGUAACAAUUACAACUGUAUAAUCAUUAUUAUUUAUAAUUUAUAGAAAGCUUAAUCUAAUAAACCAAAAGUGACAGAUCCUUUACUAAGUUAUAAUAAUGAGAAAAUAAUUCUCAAUGAUGUUUCAGGAUAUGCAAAAGCUGGAUAAAUGACAGCAAUUAUGGGACCAUCUGGUGCAGGAAAAACAACCUUAGUUGCUUUAUUAAGCAAAAGAUAUAAGCCUGGACCAAAUACAUAUAUUAAUGGAGAAAUAUUAGCAAAUAAUAGUAAAUAUAAAAGAUUCAAUGAUUUUGGAGCUUUUGUGAUAUAGGAUGAUUUAUUGAUGGGAACUUUGACUGUAAAAGGUAUUUAAUAAUUAUAAUAUUAGAAACACUUAUGUUUGCAGCUAAUAUGAGAUUAAAGGAUAAUUUAGCAUAAAGAAUGUCUAGAGUUGAUUAGAUAAUUAAAGAUUUGAAUUUGAGAAGUUGUUAAAAUACUUUGGUAGGAGAUAAUAUCAUAAAAGGAAUAUCUGGAGGUGAAAAGAAAAGAACUUCUAUUGGAAUGGAAUUAAUUAGUGAUCCUUAAGUAUUAAUUUUAGAUGAACCAACUUCAGGUUUAGAUUCUUUUACAGCAUUUAUUUGUAUGAAUAUUCUUAAGAAAAUCACAAUUAAGUAUUAAAAUUUUAAUUAAAUUUAGUUAAAAAAGGACAGUCAUUUUUACAAUACAUUAACCAAGUAUUGAUAUUUGUUAAUUAUUUGAUCGUAUGAUCAUAUUAAAUAAUGGAUAAACAAUAUAUUAAGGAAAUUAUGAUUUUCUAUUAGAUUAUUGUCUCAAAGUAAAUUUAAAUGUUGAUAUUCAUUCAACUCCUUUAGAUUCUAUAAUGAAUAAUCUUAAUGAUGCAUUUAAUUAAGGAGAUAAUAAAGUUACUCAUGAAAAUUAUAAAUUAUAUUUAGAAAAAGAUACACAACAAUUCUGUUCUCAAAAUCAAGGAUACAAUAAAAGAAAAACUUAAACUUCUUUUUGUUAAGAAAUGAAAUAUCUUAUGCAAAGAUAAUUCACUAAUUAUGUUAGAAGUCCUAAUUUAUUAAGAAGUAAAAUAUUUGGAUCAGUCUUUAUGUUAUUAUUUUUGGGAUGGCUUAAUUGGAUGGUUGGAAAAGAUUAACCUCCUUAAGAUGAAAAUGUAAGUAUAGGUGAUUUGAGCAAAUAUUUAAAUAAUAUGAGAGGAGCUUGUUUUGUUUGUGGAACUUCAGCAAUAUUUUCUGCACUAGGACCAUUAUUAAUGUUAUGUAUAAAUUUUAUUUUAUUUUAGUUCCAAUUGAAAGAAACAUAUUUUUAAAAGAAGAGAAUUCUAAGAUGUAUCGAGUUUCUUCAUAUUUUUUGAGUAAGGUUUUCUUAGAAGUUCCUAUGAAUGUUUUUAUAUAAAUCUUAUUCUCAAUAGCAUUGUAUGCUGCAUUUGGAUUUAUUUGGCAACUUGAAAACCUUAUACUUUUUACUGUUAUAAGUGUUUCAGUUUCAUUAAGUGGAAAUGGAUUAGGAAUGUAUAUACAUCAAAAUUAUCAUUAGAUUUACUGGAUGUUUAUUUAAAGAUGCUAAAUAAUCUGCUUCAUUAGGUCCUAUAUUAUUGAUCCCACUCUAAGUAUUUAGUGGACAAUAUGCUAAUUUAGCAUCUAUUCCUAAAUUUAUUAGUUGGGUCUAAUACAUAUCAGUAAUAUAUUUAUAAUAAAAAUAGCCAUUUAAAUAUUUCUUAGAAGGAUUUGGUAGAACUUAAUUAAAUGAUGCUAUGUUUCACUUGGAUCCUACAGGAGUAGAGAUAUCUCCAUGGGAUUAUUAUGGUAUGCAUUUUGGAAUGUGGAAUUGUGUCAUAGUUUUAAUAUCUAUUGCUGUUAUGUUUCAUGUUUUUGCUGGUAUCUUUUUAAAACUCUUAGUCAAUAAACUUAAUGUUUGA